CUCUCUCUCUUAUGCAUUUCCUUCACUUUUUUUUUGAAAAAAAAUAAACUCAAAAACCGAACCUUGUGAUUGUUAUCUCGAACUGUUGUCUUUAUCAAUGGAAGACCAUCAAUGGCACGACCCGCUUCUCAUCACGGAUGUUUCUUGGCAAGAACAGAGCUCCGGCUGUAUGAUCAUACCUUUUCCCAGAGACAAUCCACUUGUUCCUGAUUUCUCAUUGAGCGAUCGUUUAUCUGAUAAUUUGAACCCCUUCCAAGAGGCAGGCGUUUCCCCUUCUUCACCGAGCUCGCGAAUUUCGACAAUGGCGGAACCUGGACAUUGUCACCCCGAUGCAAACCAAGGUGGUUCCAUGCUAGGAUUCUCUUUAACUUCUCCGGAUCUGGUUGUUGUUGCCGGUUUGCCUGAUACACCUAGAGACAGUUAUGGAGUUUCAGAUGACUUCUUGAAGAAUAGAUAUCCGAAGAAUAUGGAAAAUUCUGCAGAGCUCUCGUUUGAAGAAGGCAUCAAUGGGUCUGCAUUGUGGCCAGCUUUGAAGGAAGAUAUGUUCCUUGACGCUUCUUUCGAGCUUCUUCCACCACCGCAAACUGAAGAGAAGACUGAAAGCUCAUGUCCAGUUUUAAGCAUAAAUGUUGGAUCUAUGGAUAGGGCUGUGGAAUCAAGUGGAGUCAAUUAUAUAGAGGACACUUGUUUUAUCGGUGGCGAUACUGUACGAACCGAUGCUAUAAUUGGGGAAGGAGAAUGUUUCCCUCUAUACCAAACAGCACGCUUUGGAAGCUUCUCAUAUAAAUUUUUGUCCUUGGAGUCUGGAAAUUACCUUCUUGAUCUGCAUUUUGCAGAGAUUGUGUUCACUGAUGGUCCUCGUGGGAUGAGAGUGUUUGAUGUCUACGUGCAAGAAAAGAAGGCUCUUUCCAGCUUAGACAUAUAUGCUCGCGUAGGUGCAAACAGCCCUUUGGUUAUUUCUGAUUUGAAAACUUCUGUUGAUGGUGAUGAGGGCUUGUACAUCAGAUUCGAAGGAUUAAUGGGAAGCCCAAUUGUAUGUGGAAUUUCUGUGAGGAAAGAUUGCCAUGCAAGCUUCCGAGGAGGUGAGUCACUUGAAUUUAUGGGAAUGUCUCAAAUGCAAGAAUGCAACUCACCAGAAGAUACUGGGGACUGUAAGGAGGAAGGAGAAACUCAGAAGCUGCAAAGAGAUUACGAGCUUCAGAAGAAAUUACUAACAGAAGCAAAGAGGGAUUUAAAGGAGCUUAGGCAGGAGAACGAACUCAAGAACAGAGAAUGCAAAGAAGCUUGGAAUUCCUUGAAGGAGCUUCAAAAUGAGCUCAUGCGCAAAUCAAUGCAUGUUGGAUCUUUGGCUUUUGCCAUUGAAGGGCAAGUUAAAGAAAAGGGCAAAUGGUUUUCAUCAUUGAGAGACUUGAAAAGAAAAUUGAAGAUUUUGAAAAUGGAGCAAAACAACCUAUCAGAUGAGGCAUUGGCAUGUAGAAGCUUCCUUGCAGAUAUGAAUGAAAUCAACUCUAUCAUUCUGUCCAAGAUGAAUCAACAAGUUGAUCAAUAUGAAGACCUCAAGUUUAAAUUCAUGGAAGGAGCGCAGGAACAAAAAAAACUGUACAACAAGGUUUUGGAAUUGAAAGGGAAUAUUAGGGUCUUUUGUCGGUGCAGGCCUUUAAACACUGAAGAAAUCGCAGCAGGAGCUUCUAUGACAAUUGAUUUUGAAUCUUCCAAAGAUGGUGAGCUUACAGUAAAAUCAAAUGGGACAAGCAAAAAGACUUUCAAGUUUGAUGCUGUUUUUAGCCCCCAGGCCGACCAAGUUGACGUUUUCAAGGACACUGCACCAUUCGCCACCUCAGUUCUAGAUGGUUACAAUGCCUGCAUAUUUGCUUACGGUCAAACUGGGACUGGGAAGACUUUCACUAUGGAAGGUACAGAUGAAGCUCGCGGGGUUAACUUUCGUACUCUUGCUGAGUUAUUUCGCAUCAUCAAGGAGCGAGAGAAUAUUUUUCGAUAUGAUAUAUCUGUUAGUGUCUUAGAAGUUUAUAAUGAGCAAAUACGGGAUUUGCUCGUCUCGAAUACCCAGCCUGGAGUUGCUGCAAAGAGACUUGAAAUAAGGCAAGUAGGUGAGGGAAUUCAUCAUGUCCCUGGACUGGCUGAGGCCCAUGUCAACAACAUGAGUGAGGUUUGGGAAGUUCUACAGACUGGCAGUAAUGCAAGGGCAGUUGGAUCAACUAAUGCUAACGAGUACAGCAGCCGCUCCCACUGCAUACACUGUGUGAUGGUGAAGGGAGUGAAUUUGUUGAACGGAGAAUGCACACGAAGCAAACUAUGGCUGAUUGACCUGGCAGGUAGUGAGCGAGUAGCCAAGAUAGAAGUGCAAGGAGAACGACUUAAGGAAACUCAAAAUAUUAAUCGAUCUCUGUCAGCACUUGGAGAUGUUAUAUCAGCUCUUGCAACCAAAAGCCCACACAUUCCUUUUAGGAACUCAAAACUCACCCACUUGCUUCAAGACUCUUUAGGUGGAGACUCGAAGACACUUAUGUUUGUACAGAUCAGUCCUAAUGAGUGCGACUUGAAUGAAACACUUUGCUCACUCAACUUUGCAAGUAGGGUACGAGGAAUAGAAUUGGGUCCUGCAAAGAAGCAGUUGGACAGUGCUGAACUUCUGAAGUACAAACAAAUGGCUGAGAAGAGCAAGCUAGACAUAAGGAGCAAGGAACUGCAAAUUAAAAAGAUGGAAGAAACAGUCUAUGGUCUAGAUUUGAAGAUGAAAGAAAAAGACCUAAAAAAUAAGAGCCUUCAAGAGAAAGUGAGGGAAUUGGAAUCACAGCUUCUAGUAGAGAGAAAGCUAGCUAGGCAGCAUGUGGACUCAAAAGUGAUUGAGCAGCUCCAGCCAAAACAUCAAUUGAAACAAGAGCAAGAAGAGCAAAAUACUGCAGCAAUGAGGCCUCCACUUGUGAUCCGACCAUUUGGAAGUCACAAGAAUUUCAAUGAAUCAGCUAAUACUGCACCAAGCAAGGACCAAACAAAUCGUACUCGGCCACUUGCAGAGAACAUUAGCUGCAAACCAUCAAUACCCCUUCCUCCAAUAGAUAGCUUUGUCAAAUACAAGGAUCCCAUGGAGAAAGAAAACAAUCCUCAGAUGGCUGAACAUCCUCCACUGCCAAAGACAACUGGGAGAGCCUCAAUAUGCACAACAGAUCGUCAGGUCCUAGUAAGUCGUCCAGCUCCACGGCGAAACUCUCUAAUCCCACUUCCUAAUGCCCCAAGUUCAGCACUGUUUCUGCCGCCGUCAGUAUCAUUACCACCAUUUGAAGCCAAUGGGAAAGAAGAUACGGACAGUUCUGAAGUUUCCUGCUUUCCAGAACAGACUCCUGCUGAUAGCCCUAAAGGACUUAAAAGUGGGGGUAAGAAGCUGAACAGUGUAUUGAGACGGAGCCUUCAAAAGAAAAUUCAACUGAAGUCCCCAAUGCAGCUGCACGCUCGAAAAGGUGGUGUCAAUGUGGCAAUGGAGAGAGUAAGAGUCUCCAUUGGAAGCAAAGGCAGGGUGGCACAUAGAAUACUGCUUGGCAAUGCUAGAAGGGUGGGAACAAAAGAAACACAGCAGCAUCAAAACCGAAAGGAAAAAGAGAGGGGAUGGAAUAUUGGAACAACAGGGAAAACUGUUAUAUAAAAAACGAAGGUUUUGCCAUUGGGAACUCAACAUGAUUAUAUGUUGUUUCCUGCUCAUUAUCUGCAUGGCUCAACGGAUCAGGAGGAGAAGCAUGCCUUCUCUCCCCAGCCACCACCACCCACCAAAAAAGGAAAAAAAAAAAAAGGAAAAAUUUUGUGCAGAUUCUUUUGUGAUGAUGCUUGCUGAUCAUCUAUCUGAAUACUUGUAAAAUGGAAACUUACUAGACCAUGUCAUGCAUGGAGUACUGAGUUACUCUUUUAGCAAUCA